GAGUACCUCCAGGGCACGAAACUCUACCUCCUUAUAUGCUCUGUGACGUUUAUCUGCUUUCUUAUGCUGCUAGAUGUCGUCAUUAUUGUCACUGCCAUACCGAGCAUCACGGAUGCCUUCCAUUCGCUACCCGACGUUGGUUGGUAUGGCGGCGCCUACACACUUGCCAGCGCUUCUCUCCAACCAAUGACGGGGAAACUAUACACCUACUUUCGCCUAAAAUGGGUGUUCCUCAUUUGCUUCGCGAUAUUCGAAAUAGGGUCUUUAAUUUGUGGCUUGUCCACGUCCUCGAAGAUGCUGAUCAUUGGACGAGCGGUUGCAGGCAUGGGAUCUGCAGGUCUACAGAACGGCGCUUUCACGCUCAUCAGUGCAGCAGUCCCGAAAGACCGCCUACCUGCCUUCCAAGGGAUUUGUAUGGGAGGGGCGCAGCUCGGCCUGGUCUUUGGACCGCUAUUAGGGGGCGCCUUUACUCAAUACGUAUCAUGGCGGUGGUGCUUCUAUAUCAACCUUCCGAUUGGUGGUGUCGCUGCCGCCGCUCUCCUAUUUAUUCAGGUCCCCGAUCAAAUGCCCAAGGACAAGUUCUCGAUUGUCAUUCGCAACGUCUGGCCCAAGCUCGACCUAGUUGGCUUCGUGAUCUUCGCCUCUGCAUCAAUCAUGUUUCUCAUAGCGCUCCAGUUCGGCGGCGAGUCGCACCCUUGGAACAGCUCCGUCGUCAUCGGACUCUUCUGCGGUGCAGGCGUCACAUACAUCGUCUUCGUCCUAUGGGAGAAACGAAUGGGCGAAAACGCCAUGAUUCCACUCUCGAUAGUCUCCCAACGCAUCAUCUGGUGCAGCUGCAUCUUCAUGGCAUUCUUGAUGUCUUGCACUUUUUGUGCGUCCUACUACCUGCCCAUCUACUUCCAGACGGUCAAGGGCGCCUCGCCGACGAUGAGCGGGGUCGAUAUGCUGCCGAACAUUCUGGUUAACGUUGCGUUUGGGGUUAGCACGGGAGUCACGAUCUCAAAAGUCGGCUACUACCUUCCCUUUGGUGUUUCCUGCAGUGUCCUUCUUGCUAUUGCCACGGGACUCCUUUCCACAUUGAAACUGCACACUUCAAGGGCCAGACAAGUUGGUUUCCAAAUCCUGCUUGGUGCGGGUCAGGGCAUGGGCACCCAAAUCCCCAUCCUCGCCGCCCAAAACGCCGUCCCAAGCUCCAAGGUGGCCUACGCCAUGUCCGUCGUCAUAUUCAGCCAAACUUUCAUGGGCUCCGUCAUGCUCUCCGCCGCCAACACGAUCCUCUCGAACACUCUGCGCACCAAGAUCCCAGAAUACGCUCCCGAUGUCAACUUGGAGGCUGUGAUACAUGCGGGAGCUAGGGGAGUUAGGAAGGUGAUCUCGGGGGCGGACUUGGACGGGGUGUUGCAUGCGUAUACGGAUUCAAUUGAUCGGGUGUUCUAUAUGGUUGUUGGGGGAAUGUGCGCUUGCUUUUGUGUGGCGUGGGGGCUGGGAUGGAAGGAUGUUAGGAAGCCGAAGCCGGCGACGUCGCCGGCGUAAGGGAGGCUUGCGUGAGGGAAGUAAUUGGGUGGUGAGUGAGAGGUUGCUUCUUUCUGACUUAGUGCUCAAAAAGUACGUACGGUUCGCUUUAUACAGCGGAGUCAAUCUGUGCUCUCGCGCUUGGAAGGGU